AUGACUACAAAAUAUAAAACGCAUAUAUUAGUUGGUGGAAUGACGUGUUCGGCCUGCACGAAUUCGGUCACAAAUGCUCUUCAAUCAGUAGAAGGUGUUGAUAGUGCAGAGGUGUCGUUAAUGACGGAAGAUGCCGUCGUGGUGCAUACCAGUUUGGUAAAACCAGAAGUUUUAAAGGAUGCUGUCGAAGAUGUUGGCUUUGAGGCCACACUGGUGAAAACAGAGGAGUUGGAAGAUGAAAAGUCGCAUUUUUCAAAUGAAGAUGACAACAGCAAUCUCAAGACUUCGCUUACCAUAGGUGGAAUGAUGUGCAGCGCGUGUGUCAACACGAUAACCAAGGCAUUGAAAGACGUGGAAGGUGUUAAAUCAGUGAAUGUGUCACUAAUAACGGAAGAAGCCGUAGUUGAGCAUACGCAAGAAGUCAAGCCAGAAAAUUUGGCUUCUGUGGUUGAAGAUGUUGGUUUUGAGGCCACUGUUAAAAGCACUGCAUCUGAGAAUGAAACUUCAGCACACAAUCAUAAUGCUUCGGUUGAUAAGCAAUCAGUUACCAUCCAGGUUUUUGGCAUGACCUGCUCAAAUUGCUCAAAUAUCAUCGAAAAGCAGGUUUCUCAACUUCCCGGAGUUAUAUCGUGCACUGUUUCGCUUUCCACAAAUGAGGCCUACAUAGAAUUUAAGCCGUCACUCACAGGAAUCAGAAAUAUAGUGGACACAAUUGAAGACUGUGGUUUUGAUGUCAACAUAGACAAUGGUGUUGAUAAAAGUACGCAGUUGGAGUUGCUUUCCAAGGUGAAAGAUAUUCAAUACUGGAAGAAUAACUUCUUUAAGCUUCUUCUAUUUGGUGUCCCCAUAAUCUUUCUUGAAACGAUUUUCCCACUAAUUAGAAGCAAGUGCCACAUGCAGCUGAAUAUCGGCCACGGAUUGUACUUGGAUGUGCUUGUGGAGUUCAUCUUGGGAACAUACGUGCAGUUUUGGCUUGGAAGAAGGUUUUACAUCAACUCUUAUAAAGCAUUCAAGCACGGAUCUGGAACCAUGGAUACACUCAUUUGCACAUCGACCUCGAUCGUCUAUAUAUAUUCUGUAUUCAUCAUAAUCCAGGCCUUUGCAGUCAGCUCAAUGGAAUCACCAAAGCUUAUUCUCGAUACUUCGGUGAUGCUUUUCUCGUUUGUGUCGUUGGGAAAAUGGGCGGAAAGCCGGGCCAAGGGAAAUACAUCCACAGCAUUAUCCAAGUUGCUUUCCCUCACCCCGGAUAAGUGUGUCAUUGUGGCCAAUCCGGAGUCUUUCAAGGGUCUUGACAAGUCUGUCACGUCGGGUGAGCAGAAUUCGGCAUUAAGCGGUAUUGUUCAGCGGGAAAUACCGGUGGACUUGUUGCAGAAAUCUGAUAUCGUGAUUAUUCUUCCUGGGUCUUCGAUUCCCGCCGAUGGUGUUUGUAUUUUUGGCGAAUCCGAUGUUGACGAAUCACUUCUCACCGGAGAAUCGCUUCCUGUGGUGAAAAAAGUGGGCUCAAAGCUCAUUGGUGGUUCUGUGAACGUCACCUCCACUAUGUACAUGUCGGUCGAACUUGUUGGGCAAGACACACAAUUGCAGCAGAUUGUGAAUCUUGUGAAAGAUGCACAGAUGAGAAAGGCACCCGUGCAGAGGUUUGCAGAUGCAAUUGCAGCCAAAUUUGUGCCAACGAUCCUCUCUCUUUCACUAUUCACGUUCUUUUUCUGGUGUUUCUACACCUGGGUUGCACACCUGGACGAUAUCCCAGCCACAUUCAAGAGCAAAAGCGGCGAUCACGUGAUGUUCUCCAAGAUUCUCCAGGUUGCAAUCUCUGUAAUUGUUGUCGCAUGUCCUUGCGCACUUGGACUUGCUGCUCCUACUGCAGUUAUGGUUGGUACUGGAGUUGGAGCCACGAAUGGAAUUUUGAUCAAAGGUGGUGAAGUGUUGGAGUCAACGAGCGGAUUGGAUACCGUUGUUUUUGACAAGACAGGCACCAUCACUGCUGGAAAAAUGACACUUGCAGACCACAAGUUUUUUGGGGCUUUGAGUCUGAAGGAAGAGAUUCUUUGGAGCAUGCUAUAUGCCGUUGAGCAGAAUAGUGAGCAUCCGGUUGCAAAGGCAAUUGUUAGCGGUGUGAAGGAUGUGAUGGAGCAAAACAGCCUUGUGGAUCCGGCUUUGGUGUCAAUUGAAGGUCUCGAGGCAAAAGGCGGUCUUGGAAUUACAGCUAUAGUUAGAGUUGCAGGUGAGGACAGUUCUAGGCAGCUGAGAAUUGGUAGUGAAAAGCUUUUUAGCGACACGAAGCUCAAGGGAGAGACUGAUUUCGAGAAUAUGGCUGGUGCAAUGCGUAAUGAGCAUAUUGGCACGGUUUGCCACAUAUCUGUGGACAACGAGUAUUGCGGAUAUAUGGAGUUUAAGGACACGAUACGGCAGGAUGCAACUGCAACUAUAAAUGCAUUGCAAUCGAACGGUUACAGUGUUGCGAUGGUUACAGGCGAUAAUGCACGCACAGCCCAGUAUGUAGCUGCCAAAGUUGGUAUUCCAACCUCUAACGUGUUUGCAAGCUCGUCUCCCGAGCAGAAAAUUCAGUAUGUUGAACUUUUGCAGCAGCAAGGCCAUACUGUGGCUUUUGUGGGUGAUGGAAUCAACGAUGCUCCAGCUUUGGUGGAGGCAGAUGUUGGAAUAGCUGUUGCCACGGGAACGGAUGUGGCGAUGUCAUCUGCAGACAUAGUGUUGCUUUCUUCGGAGAAAGAUGAGUCUAUUGUGGCUAAUUCGUCGAUGUCUUCUGUUUUCAACGCACUAGAAAUAUCCAAGAAGACCUUUCAGGUUAUACGCACGAACUUCGUUCUUGCAAUCAUUUACAACUUGGUGAUGGUUCCGCUUGCCAUGGGAUUCUUGAUUGUUCCAUUCGGCCUCCACAUGCAUCCAAUGUUUGCAUCAGCUGCCAUGGCAUGUUCUUCUGUGAGUGUUGUGACGAACUCGCUUUUGCUUAAGAGGUGGAGACCCGUUGAUGUUCUUUCUGUGCAUGGUACAGCGCUGGUUUGUGACGAGGAGGCGAAUGUGGAAAAUUCUGGGAUUGCCGAAUCGCUUGAUGUUUCUAACUUUAAAACCAGCAAGGGGAAGAAGGACGUCGGAUUGUUUUCGAGAUUGAGAAGAGCAUUUGGACGAAAGAGGAGACCUAACAGUGAGGAAUACGAGAUGAUUUCCAGUUGA